AUGCGCGCCGCCGCGCCCGCGAUCGCCCGCGCGCGCGAUCGCGUCGUCGUCGUCCACGCGCGCGCGCGACCGAGCGCGAGAGCGAUCGCGCGCGCGUCGACGACGACGCGCGCGAAAAAGCUGAGCAUCGACGAACUCGGUCGAGCGCCGAGAGGUGCGAAGGGGGCGACGACGACGACGACGACGACGACGACGACGACGACGACGACGACGACGACGCACGCGACCGUCGCGCCGUCGUGGUUGACGACGACGAACGCGAGCGCGUUGAUCGGCAUCGUCGCGCUGGCGUACGGGACGAAGACGAUUUUCGACACGCCGAGCCGGACGUACGUCGACGGCGAGAACACGGUGGGAACGGAGUACGACGCGUGGACCGAAGAGGGGAUUCUGGAAUAUUACUGGGGCGAGCACAUUCACUUGGGGUGGUACUCGGACGAGGACUUGGCCAGGGGGGCGGGGACGCUGUUGGGAUGCAAGGUGAAGGAUUUCAUCCAGGCCAAGUUUGACUUUGUGGAUCAGAUGGCGGACUGGAGCGAGGCGAGGGCGCCGGCGAGGGUUUUGGACGUCGGGUGUGGGAUCGGCGGGACGUCGAGACACCUGGCGAGGAGGUUCGGCGUCGGGACGGAGGUCACGGGCAUCACGCUAUCGCCGAACCAGGUGAAGCGAGCGACGGAGCUCGCGAGCGAGCAAGGGGUGACGAACGCGAACUUCCAAGUGAUGAACGCGCUCGAGAUGACUUUUGAGGAUGAUACGUUCGACUUGGUCUGGGCGUGCGAGAGCGGCGAGCACAUGCCGGAUAAGAAGAAGUACGUGGAGGAGAUGGUUCGCGUGCUCAAGCCGGGGGGCAAAAUCGUCAUCGCCACGUGGUGCCAGCGCGAGACCCCGCCCGAGUUCACGCAAAAGGAGAAGGAUAACCUCCAAUUCCUCUACGAGGAGUGGGCGCACCCGUACUUCAUCUCCUACGAGGAGUACGAGCGUCUUUUGCGCGGCACUGGCUCGAUGGAGAGCGCGGCGUCGGAGGACUGGGUCAAGAACACGCUCGUAUCGUGGCGUCACUCCAUCUGGGUCGGUGUCUGGGACCCGUGGCCCGUUGUCUUCGCCGGCCCGCGCCAGUGGUACAAGGUUGUUCGCGAAAUCGUCACUCUCGAACGCAUGGCUCGCGCUUUCGAGAGCGGCUUGAUGACGUAUGGGAUGAUUAAGGGCACGAAAAAGGGCACGCAGUUAACGCUCGACGCUCGCUAG